AUGUUCAACUACACCAGUUUUGAUGAAGUCUUCAAUUUUGAUCCUGAAUGCUCGUAUGAUGAAAUCGCAAUCCAAGGUAUCGACGAGCGCAGGAAGAAAUUAGAGGGCCUCUUCUUCGAAAAGGUUCUCAAGCUACUGGGGAUUAAGAGACCUACCAAACUGUAUCCACCGAAGUCAAAUGGCGAUCUGAGAAAUCUUCACCGGGCUAUCGUUGAGAGUGCUGGCGCCGACCAUCACAAAAUCUCGGUCCUAUUCUACAUCCUCCUCGAUUUCGAUGCGCCUACUGGAAGAAGAGCCUACUCUACAUCAUUCGGGCAGAACUCUUUCCUACCUCAAAAGUAUCAGAUAUAUAUGAAGGGGCUGUGGCAUAUGGAUCGACUAGAAUUCGAGCUAGCUCUUCAAUACCUAACAUAUCCGUCACUGAUACCAACAUUUCCGGACGAAAUCCUAGAGGUUUUGGUGCGACAUUCAAAAGGCAACGAUAUGUCAUUACCUCUGGCAUAUUAUCACACCGUUCAGCCUACGCUUACGAACUCAUCGGCACUCGAGGCUUUAUUUACAGCAAUUGCAAGAACAAGCGUCACAGAAGCAUUUUAUUUCUCGAGGGGUCAGCCCGAAUACGCCCAGCGUCAUAUGUUUGAAAUGCUGAUUUCCCUUGUGCUCAAUAACUCUCCGAAAGAUACAGUUGCAGACCGCAGUGUCGAGCUGAUCAACCUACCAUUCAAUCAAGAGGAAGAAGGGUGGUUUGAAGAAUACUUGCUACGUGGCCAAGGACGAUCAAUCAGAAAAGCCAAGGAUACUCUGAUGAUGAGGAGAAUCGGGACUGGCAACUUUACUGGAGCGCUGUCUCUCAAUGGUAUAAAUACCCACCCUAUUGGUGGCUUAGACUGGACAACUCUAUCAGAAGCAGUGCAGGAUGGUUUAGGGCCUCGAGUUGAUGUAUGA